UAGAUGGCAGGUCAGAUUCGAGAACAUCCGUUGCAGGCAGCAAAAUGGUCGUGUAGCGUGACGACGGCCGAACGUAAUUCUGUGUAAAGAGACGCACCCUAACUUCGAGAAUUUUGUUAAUAGUAAAGUGUCCGCGUUCAUUUUGCUAGCAAAAUGACCGCAAUUCCGGGCACUGUGGCAUUUGACGAGUAUGGCCGGCCAUUUCUCAUUCUUCGUGAUCAACACAAACAGAAACGACUAACCGGCAGCGAUGCAAUUAAGUCACACAUCAUGGCUGCCCGUAAUGUGGCCAAUAUUCUUAAGACUUCUUUGGGUCCUAAAGGUUUGGACAAAUUAAUGGUCAGUUCUGAUGGAGAUGUUACUGUUACAAAUGAUGGAGCAACAAUUCUUAAGAACAUGGAUGUAGAUCAUGAAAUUGCCAAGUUGAUGGUUCAGUUGUCUCAAUCUCAAGAUGAUGAAAUUGGCGAUGGUACAACUGGAGUAGUCGUAUUAGCCGGUGCUCUCUUAGAACAGGCUGAACAAUUGUUGGAUAAAGGAAUUCAUCCAAUUAGAAUAGCUGAUGGUUUUGAAAUGGCAGCAAACUGUGCUGCUGAACACCUUAAAACUAUUGUGGAUUACUUUGAAGGAAGCAGUGAAAACCGGGAAGCAUACAUCAACAUUGCUAUGACCAGUCUUGGUUCAAAAAUCAUUAACAAGUGCCACAGACAAAUGGCAGAAAUAGCUGUGAAUGCAGUCUUUGCAGUAUUAGAUCCUGAGGCACGCGAUGUAAAUUUUGAACUCAUUAAAGUUGAAGGAAAGGUCGGUGGUAGAUUGGAAGAUACUAUCUUAGUUCAUGGUGUUGUUGUUGAUAAGGACUUCAGUCAUCCUCAAAUGCCAAAGAAACUAGAAGACGUCAAGUUGGCCAUUCUGACAUGUCCAUUCGAACCACCAAAACCAAAAACAAAACAUAAGUUAGACGUUACCUCAGUUGAUGAUUAUAGGGCGCUGCGUGAGUAUGAACGGGAAAAGUUCACGGAAAUGGUAAAGAAGGUGAAGGAUGCAGGUGCAACACUUGCUAUUUGCCAAUGGGGAUUUGAUGAUGAAGCCAACCACCUUCUUCUGCAAAAUGAAUUACCUGCUGUUAGAUGGGUUGGUGGCCCAGAAAUUGAGUUAAUUGCUAUUGCCACCGGUGGCCGUAUCGUUCCGCGUUUCGAAGAAUUAACACGGGAGAAACUUGGUCAUGCCGGCGUUGUUAAGGAAUUAACAUUCGGAACCACCAAGGACCGAAUGCUUGUCAUCGAGGAGUGCAGGAACUCGCGAGCGGUCACCAUUUUCAUUCGUGGAGGCAACAAAAUGAUCAUUGAGGAAGCAAAGAGAGCUAUUCACGACGCUCUCUGCACUGUUCGUAACUUGAUCAAGGAUCAAAAGAUCUUAUAUGGCGGCGGUGCUGCCGAAAUAUCUUGUGCGAUUGCCUGCGCCAACCAAGCUAAUAACAUCAACACCGUGGAACAGUAUGCCUUCCGAGCUUUCGCGGAAGCGUUGGAGGCUGUGCCACUGGCAUUGGCCGAAAAUUCUGGUCUUUCCCCAGUAGACACGUUGGCUGAAAUAAAGGCACGUCAGGUGACCGAAAACAACCCCGCCCUCGGUAUUGAUUGCCUGAACCGCGGUACUGCUGACAUGAAAGUUCAAAACGUGAUCGAGACAUUGACCAGCAAAACGCAGCAGAUCUUGCUAGCCACCCAACUCGUCAAAAUGAUACUUAAGAUCGACGACAUUCGUUCGCCGAGCGACAUCUCCGAUGCGGCUUAAUAAAAAUAUUAUUGCUUUUAGAAUGAAGCAUUGUACGAGAAAAAAAAAAUUAAUUCUAAUUAAUUACACACUUCACUUUUGCUCUUCCGAGCUUCAUUCACACUUCUAAUUUGGACUUUAAAUUUAUUUGACUUCUUCCAUCCGUUCGCUGUAACAAUGAUAAUUUAUAUAAUAUUGUAAUGCAACGCGAAUAAAUGAUUUCACUUUUUACUAACA